AUGUCUCCCCCCGCCGUUGCUGGUAGCGAGAGAGAGUCCGGCCUGGCUCGUGUCCUUGGCUCUGGUUCUGCUGGUAUUGCUGAGUUGGCCGUCUUCCACCCUGUCGAUACGAUUGCGAAGCGAUUGAUGAGCAACCAGACCCGUAUCUCCGGCUCCGCUCAAUUGAACCAAGUCAUCUUCAAGGACAAGGCCACUGCUCCCAUCGGACGAAAGUUUGUCUCUCUCUUCCCUGGUCUGGGAUACGCCGCCGGUUACAAGGUUCUCCAACGAGUAUACAAGUACGGUGGUCAGCCUGUGGCCCGUGAUUACCUCUCUCAGCACUAUGGUGCCGACUUUGAGGGUGCCUUUGGCAAGAAGACUGGCAAGGCCAUCAUGCACUCCACUGCUGGAAGUUUGAUCGGUAUUGGUGAGAUCGUUCUUCUGCCCCUCGAUGUCCUCAAGAUCAAGCGUCAGACAAACCCCGAGGCCUUCCGUGGCCGUGGUGUCCUCAAGAUCGUUGCCGAUGAGGGUUUCGGUCUGUACCGUGGUUGGGGCUGGACUGCUGCCCGUAACGCUCCUGGUUCUUUUGCUCUCUUCGGUGGUUCUGCUUUCGCCAAGGAGUACCUCUUCCACCUUGAGGACUACAACAAGGCCAGCUGGUUCCAGAACUUUAUUGCUUCCAUUGCUGGUGCUUCGGCUUCUCUGGUCGUUUCUGCCCCUCUUGAUGUUAUCAAGACCCGUAUCCAGAACCGCAACUUCGAGAACCCUGAGAGUGGUUUCCGAAUCCUGUCCAACAUGGCGAAGAACGAGGGUGCUGGUGCUUUCUUCAAGGGACUUGUCCCCAAGCUGCUCAUGACUGGUCCCAAGCUGGUCUUCUCUUUCUGGCUCGCCCAGACCUUGAUCCCCGCCUUUGACAUUGCUUUCAAGAAGUAG